AUGGCAGCAGCUGCACGAGAAGGCCAAGCAUGGUUCUUAAAAUCUAGUCUCAAGAGCCCAGGUUACGAUGGCUCAAAGCAGGAAGACUUUUAUUCGUGGAUGCUUCUCGAAGUCGUUUACAAUGCCACUGAAGACGAGGCCAAUGCCGUAGCUCCACGAUUACGUUAUCCAGGCCACCCAAGAACUGGGCAACAGGAUUUCUUCGGCACCCCCUUUAGUGCCGGAUACGGCCGCUAUCAGUAUAUGACCGCCAUGUACGGCCCCAGCGCCGAGGACAUUAAACGCACAUAUCGUAUCAGCAGCAAUAUUAGUCGCGGUCAACUAUGGCGUCAGACAGGCUCUGCUGCUGUUUGCUACAUUGCAGUUCCGUUGCCGACUGCGAAGGAACGUUUUAUCUGGGUCGAUCUGACAUAUCCUGUCAGAGCUUUUUACAUCCCAUGCGCAUUUACUGCUCAUCCCCAAUACAAGGAACAUGCCAUUUUCUCUCGUCUCGAUGUCCGCGGUCGUAAGGGUAUGCCACCAUCAUAUGUCAUAAAAGGCCUUGCUGCCAGUGACAUAGCGGCUGGCAAGAAAGUGGUCGACAGUUGGAAUGAAACGUAUCCCCAUAACUGGAGGUGGAGGAAAGAAGCUGAAAAAAUCGUUGAAGUCUAUGAUAAGCUAGUGAAACGAGUCAAUGAUCUAGAGGCCGGGCCUGAUCGUGAAGGUCCGGCAUUGCAGGAGCCUGGACUCACAUCAGGUUAUGUGAAACCUGAUGGAAAAGCACCAAGUCAAGUGUACGCCAAGAUUAACUAUGCCAAAGACGCGGUGGGAGAUGAGACAACCGGUUGGGGGAUGCGGCCUCAGUGGACUGUUCGAAUUGAUAUUUUUAAAUUGGCGUGCCAACUCCUGAUUCCGUACUCCCAGCGUACAGAUGAGUAUCGAAACGUUUAUGCUUGCUUUACUCUAUUUGAAAGGCGCGUUGUCCAUGCAUCAAAGAUUACGGCGGAUAUUGACAUGGCUCAAGCCAUCGAUCUCGCUCAAGCGCAAUCAAAAGAGCUAGGAGUCAGAUUGCAAUACGAGAAGGAUGAGCCGGACGAUAAGUUUAUCAAAGAUCUGUUUGUGGGCUUUGUCGCUGUGGGUCUUGGUCUGAUUCCCGUGAUCGGGCCUCUAGUAGCGUUUGGCUGGAGUCUCGGCUACGAGAUACUGUCAGAUUCAGAAAAGUUCACCAAGGCUGCGGGAGUUGGCGGUAAGGCACCUGCUUUUACACAGGCUGUGGUUGACUCUCGCGAGACACUGUUACCUAUGAUAAAGAAAGGUGUCUCUAGUAUGUUGAAGAUGCAUAUGCAAGCAAGGGACAAGAGAAGCAUUCGUGUCGAUCCUAGCGAGGAGGAUAAUAAUGCCGACGGGAGUUCCCAACAGCAGUCCGAGAAAGCCAAUGAUGGCGAGGAAAAGCCAGAGCAUGAUCCGGCCGUGGAUGCUGAUGAGCAACCACAGCAGCAACCUGAGAGCGGAGAUAGUGACGAGAAGCCAGGUAAUGACGGAGAAACGGAGCAGGAAGGAGAUAAGGCCGGAGACGGGACCAACGCAAACGACAAUGAAGGGGCACAGCAACAGCAACCCGAGAAUGGUGGUGAUGAUGCUGACAAGCCAGAUACAGACGAGAAGUCACAACCAUCACCCGAAAGCGGAAAUGAAGCCAGCGUAGAUGAAGGGGAAAAAGCACAAGAACAACCUAGUAGUGGAGAUGAUGACAAAAAGCCAGACGAUGAUAAGAAACCGAAUGGUGAGGAAAAGUCAGGUGGUGAUGAACAGACAGAUGGUGGUGAAAAGCCACAAGAACAAGAGCCCGAUAGCGGAGGUGGUAGCGACGAGAGACCGAAUGAUGAAGAAAAGCCAGGCGCUGAAGAUAAAUCAGAUAGUGGCGAGAAGCCAGAGAGCGAUGAGAAACCAGACGCUGAAGAAAAUACAGGCACUGAAGAGAAGCUCGACAGUGACGAGAAGCAAGAGAAUGACGAGAAGCCAGAGAGUGACGAGAAAACAACUGACGACGAAAAAUCAACACCUCAAGAACAGUUCGAUAACGAUGGAAAAGAAACCGACGAGUCUCAAACCAAAGCGACUGAUCAGGACAGCAAAACAGGUGAUGAAAACAAAAAGACUGAUUCAAAGCCUACUGAUGAAAAAGAAGAAACCGAUUCAUUCCGGUUUAUUAUUGAAGCUGGAGAGGCAGAUGUGGUUGGUUGA